GUGGUUUGUAUUUUGUUUUGUUUAAUUGUAUUCGCACUUUGUAAAGUUUUUAUGUGUGUGUGUGUUAUGUACCUCACGGGCUGCCGUAGCUAAAUGAGGGCAGGCCCUAUAUAAGCUGGCUGAAUCAUUGUACCAAUGAACGACUUGAAUGAACUGUCAAAAGUGCUUGGCACUAUCAACACUUGGUGUUCCCCGGUGAAAGCAGCAAGUUUUCACGGUGACUAAGGUGACUAUGAUGACUAUGGUGAUCAAGAUGAUUGAGUUGACCGAUGAUCCACAUCAAAGAAAAUAAAGAAACCUUGAAAAUCACCCGUCGAGACCGCACAAAUUAAUUCAAGUGCUGGGGAGCUGCUACAUCCUCUUUAUUCCCAGUUUUCCUUGUACCCUGACCCCAUGAGGCGGGGAGAGGGGUAGUGGUGGGGGGACAGCCAACAGCUGCUGAAGGUGAAAGCUGAUUGGCUGCAGCCCCUCUGCACUGAAACCUGACUCGAAGAUCAGAGCUCAAUCAUGUUUCUGUUUUCAGAAAGUGGAACUCAUACAGUCACUGUGACUGAGAGCAGAAAUGGCGCAGCAAGCAGUUCAGCUGGACCAAGAAACUUUCUCCUGUUCGAUCUGUUUGGAUCUACUGAAGGAUCCAGUGACGAUUCCAUGUGGACACAGCUACUGUCUUAAAUGCAUUAAGAGACACUGGGAUCAAGAGGAUCAGAAAUGGCUCUACAGCUGCCCUCAGUGCAGGAAAACCUUCAUACCGAGGCCUGUGCUGGAGAAAAACAUCAUGUUAGUUGAUUUAAUAGAAGAGCUGAAGAAGACUGGACUCCAAGCUGCUCCUGCUGAUCACCGCUAUGCUGGACCUGAAGAUGUGGCCUGUGAUUUCUGCACUGGAAGACGACUGAAGGCCUCUUACUGUGAGAAACACCUUCAGCCUCAUUAUGAAGUGGCUCCUUUAAAGAAACACAAGCUGGUGGAGCCGUCCAAGAACCUCCAGGAGAACAUCUGCUCUACGCAUGGUAAGGUGAUUGAUAUCUUCUGCCGCAAGGAUAAGAAGUGUAUCUGUUAUCUCUGCUCUGUGGAUGAACAUAAAGGCCACAACACAGUGUCAGCUGCAGCAGAAAGAGCUGAGAGGCAGAGAGAGCUGGAGGAGAGACGAGGAAACAUCCAGCAGAGAAUCCAGGACAGAGAGAAAGAUGUGAAGCUGCUUCAGCAGGAGGUGGAGGCCAUCAAUCACUCUGCUGAUAAAACAGUGGAGGACAGUGAGAAGAUCUUCACUGAGCUGAUCCGUCUCCUCCAGAAAAGAAGCUCUGAUGUGAAGCAGCAGAUCAGAUCCCAGCAGGAAACUAAGGUGAGUCGAGUCAAAGAUGUUCAGGAGAAGCUGGAGCAGGAGAUCACUGAGCUGAGGAGGAAAGAUGCUGAGCUGGAGCAGCUCUCACACACAGAGGAUCACAACCAGUUUCUCCUCAACUACCCCUCACUGCCAGCGCUCAGUGAGUCGACACACUCAUCCAGCAUCAACAUCCGUCCUCUGAGACACUUUGAGGACGUGACAGCAGCUGUGUCAGAGCUCAGAGAGAAACUACAGGACGUCCUGAGAGACUCAUGGACAAACAUCUCACUGAAAAUCACUGAGGUGGAUGUUCUACUGUCAGAACCAGAACCAAAGACCAGAGAUGGAUUCUUAAUGUAUUCAAGUGAAAUCACAAUGGAUCCAAACACGGCUAACAUAAUGCUGGCAUUGUCAGGUGGGAACAGGAAGGUUACGGUGAUGGAUCAGUAUCAGUUUUAUCCCAGUCAUCCAGACAGAUUCACUCACUUCAUUGAGGUUCUGAGUAAAGAGAGUCUGACUGGACGUUGUUACUGGGAGGUGGAGUGGAGCGGUUUAGGGGUUUUUGUAGCAGUCGCAUACAACAACAUCAGCAGAGCAGGAGAUGGGAAUGAAUGUAGAUUUGGAUAUAAUGACAAAUCCUGGGCAUUUUCUUGUUAUAAAAAUACUUCUAAAUUUGGUCACAACAACAUCUGGAGCCCCGUCUCAGGUCCAGUUUCCUCCAGAGUUGGAGUGUACCUGGACCACAGAGCAGGUAUUCUGUCCUUCUACAGAGUCUCUAAAACCAUGACUCUGAUCCACAGAGUCCAGACCAGAUUCACUGAGCCGCUACAUGCUGGGGUUUCUGUGUUUCCUGGAGGUUCUGCAAAGUUUUGGAAAGCCAAGUAGUCAAGAUAUACUAAAGGAUCAUUGAGUUUGAUUCUGAUUUUUGUUGUUUUUCUUUUUUAUGAUCAUUGUGAGUUUAUGUCUAAAGUUCUGAGAAAUCAAUAGACUGAAUAGAUGACCAUUGUUUUUCUUAAAAUCUGAUUUUCUGGUUUUGUUGAAUCUAUUCAUUUCUUGACGUUCUUCUUUAAGAUGAUCAGCAAAAGAACGUUUAUGAUUGUUGCUUUUAGCACAAAAGAUUUUGGACAAAUCAGAAUAAAACAGUCAUGGGGGCUGCCGUAGUCACGCAGAUUUUAGCUGUGGUUUUGGCGGGAUGCUGCCCUCUACAGGACAAUUGUGUACAUGGUGUAGAGAAAUUGUUAAGUAUUGCUUUACUAUUUUUACUUACAUAUAAUUAAUCUGUGUUUUUAAUCUCUAAAUAAAAUUCAUUUUUGAUUCUUUCU